AUGUCGCUCGAGCAACAACGUCAGCAGCAGCAGCAGCGGCAGCAACUACUACCGGCCCUUCCGGGUGCAGUGGACUCGCUCAGCGCUGAAGGGCUUCUGGUCGUGCCGCCCGGUAACGGGGAUGUGGUACCGGCAGUCCCCCGCGCCGUGGAGCUGUCGCUUAUUGAUGAGGCUAUUCGCUAUGCUCUUCAGCGGAUUCUUUUAUAUGGCGUACCCAUAGCGGCGAAGAUGGUGAUCCGUGACCUAGACUACGAGCUCGGUGGAAGUCUACAGCCGGCGAGCGAGAGCUGGCCGAAGGCGUACAAGUGGGCCGUGGUACUCAUCAUCGUCUCCUCCAUCAUUUGCUUUGCAGUGGUGGGCCUGGUGCUUGCCUGCAUCGUCUUGGAGCGUCACCGUGAAGCCCAGGAUAGGUUGAAGCGGAAGACCCACAGCGACUCCGACGACGACCCACACUCCCACAGGGAGCAUGAUGCACGAUCCCUGCCUCAGGAUGACAGCCAUGCGGGGGAGGAGCGCGACGACUCCUCGUACGAUAACUACGACGAGGAGGAGGAAGGGGACGAGUGGAAUAGCAGCAGCGACGAGGCCUGA